GUAUAAUUCUGAUACAGCCUAAUAUUCGUGCAUUUUUGAAUUUAGUCAAAGUCUUGGAGAUGUACACUUAGAUGUUAUCGUGGGAAAAUUGCAAUUCAUGAGUUAUUCCCUAUGAAGUUCUUGCAACAUAACUGCGAGUCCGUGAAGGAAAUAUCUUUCUGUUGUGAUUAAUAUUUUUUCUGAGUAAUUUGUGUGAUUCGGAAAUGACUUAAAUUUUCACACGUGUGUGCUUCACUGAAAAUCUAUCUCUCCUAAUAAGAUGAAAAAAGGAGUAGAUUCAAAUGACGAUUUCCUUAACUCAUCAGAAAGAAUAGCAAAAAGUUUUAGACCAAGAAGUCCGUUCAUUUACAAUAAAUCCACCGAAAAGUUUGCCCUUGAGGUUGAUCGAGAGAUAUUAAAAAACCAGUAUGAGAAGUCCUUUAUUCCUUACAACUCCCGCCAUUAUCUUGCAAAAUUUAUUCGACCUGUUUCACUGGCUACACUGAAAAGUUUAUCCAACGCUAAGUUGGAAGAUACUAAGACAAAUAUUUCGUGCAGUGUAGAAACAAAAAAGAUUCAGCCGAUAUACGGUAGUCUUCCAAAUCAUUUCAGUGACAGCCAAAAGUCCACAGAUUCUACAGAGAGUGACUGGAACAGACUUUCUAGGAUUAAAUCUUGUCGUGAUAAAUGGGAUCGACCUAGUAAACAUACCUGUUGCAACUUUCCAUUUGAAUUAGUUAACAAUGAACAAACCUUCCUAUAUAGCACAAAGUCAUUAAAAUCUGGAACGAUAUACCGAGAGAAUCACUUGCGUAGUGAUCUUCUUACUCAACCUGAAAAUGUCUCUCAUGUUGGAAAUGUGACUAAUUUUCGGUCAUCAUUAAAUCCGCCUUCAUGCAACUUUAAAAAACCAUGUGUUACUUCAAGCUUGAAAAUUAUCGCCAACCCGCCUCCUUUCACAGUAAAGAGGAUAGCUACAAAACCAAGAACUACAGAUUUGCUCACAGACUUUAGUGCUGAGUUGUUUACUGUAGACCGUACGAGGUGUUCACGAAGAGAUCAAAUGGAACAAAAAUUAGAAAGCAUUGAGAGUCGUGCUAAUCUGUGUGUGUCGAUUUCUCACAAUAAGAAUUCAGAUUCAUCGGAGAACUUUCAAAUGUAUCAGUCAUAUCCAGCGCCGAAUCUAAUGUACAAAAAAAUUAAACAGGAUUUCGAAGUAUUUAAAAAGGAGUUUAACAGACAACUCAAAGUAAAUGAAACAUUCGACUACACCAAGGAGAGAUCACUUUAUUUCGAAAAUAAGGAGGGUGGUGGUGUUUUGGAAACUGUGAAUGAUGGCUAUCUUCACUAUGCAUCACCCUUUAGCCAACCAUUUUGUCAAUCUGCAGUCAUAUUAAGUAUUCAAGAUUUACUUUCUCAUAAAGGAUAUCAAAGUGAAGCUAAUAAUAUCAGGAAAUUUCAUGAUAACAGCACUGUAAACACAAAUGUAGAUAAAGAACAUCCUUAUUCCUCUAUACAAAGGGAAAACACUUCUACGCCUUUACAGAAGCACAAUGAAAUUCAUACUCAAUGUGGUAUCAUGGAGGUGACUAAUAAAGCAGAUUGUCAACAACAUUCACCUCCCUGUUCUAAAAGUCACCCAAAGAUUUUUGCACCACCGAAACAAGUUGAAAUUGACAGUGGAAAUGGAACAGAUGAAGAUGAUCAUAUUGCCAACGAAAGUACAUUACUGGAUGAUAGUAAUAAUACACAAAAGCAGAAAAUGAAUAAAGGCAUGAAUUAUUCGCAAAACAGUGAAACAAUUGAAUUAGAGGAAUGCUUUUUAUCUGAUAAUGCUGAAGAUGAUGAUGAACAGGAAGAGAGUACAGAAGACAGUGAUGAAACUACAGAUGAUGAACGUCAGUCAAACGAAGAGGCUUCUGUUUCUCCAGCGAAUAGUUACAGUGAAUCAUUGGAUAAUCCGGGUAGUGAUAAUCACGAUUCAGCGAAUUCACCAUGUAUAAGCGAAACACCAAGAACAUCUGAUGAAAAAAUCAUUAAAGAUAAGGUAGAUCAUCACAAAGACAUUGAAACUAAGGUGGCAAAACUGCCUAUCGGCAGAGAUCCAAAUACAGAUUUAUGUGUACCGCUGAAAACACCCAGUCUCAGACUAAGUACUUUUGCUGCUAUUGCAGAAAAACACUCGAAACUAUCUGUCACUUCAUUCCAUCCUAAUACAACUAAAAAAGAUAUUAUAUCAACAAAUGGAUGUGAAUCAUCUGUUAAUCUGAAUACAAAUGAUAAAAAUGACCAGAGCUCAAUAGUGUCACAAUCACCUAUUUUACCUGAAGAGCAAAAUCUUUCGUCAGAAAAAUCUGUGAAAACUGAGGAAAUCCAGGAGAUGACAUGUUCAAUGCUGUCAAAUGAAUCACAAGAUAAGACUGCUACAUCAAAACCUGUACAUCAUCUAGGCGACACAAUAUCACACAGUAUUGACUAUAAAGAAAUAAAAACAAAAUCUAAAAGUGUACUUUCAAAUCGAUUUGCUAAGUGUAACAAUAAAUCUCAUCCAGCUUUAAUUGAUUCUCUGUUUCCAUAUGUGCCACCGGUAUUACGAUUUGUUGAAGAUGGACAGAAAUUAGAAUCAUUACCAUGGGAAUUUCGACGACUGUUAAAGUGGAGAGCAAGUUUACUAACGCCGAUUGUCGUUAAGCAAACUUUACAACGUACAGGAUUUAGAGCUUCGAAAUUAACUAACGCAUCUGAAGAUCUAGAAACAGUUGAAUCAUCUGAUUGGAUAUUUUAUUUCGGUAAACAUAUGCGUCCUCAAGUAUUUCAUACAAUUAAAAUGUAUCAGAAGGUAAAUCACUUACCCUGUUCAUUUCAACUUGGUCGUAAAGAUCGUCUGUGGAGAAAUAUAAUUCAUAUGCAAGUUAAACAUGGAAAAGAAAAUUUCAAUUUUAUGCCUCAAACGUACUGUCUACCUGGAGAUUUAGAUGAAUUAAAAAAAGCAUGGGAUGAAGAAGGGCAAAAUCAACGAUGGAUUAUGAAACCUCCAGCAUCCGCUCGUGGAAUCGGUGUUCGAUUGGUUACCAAAUGGUCUCAGAUACCUAAAAAACGUCCAGCUCUUAUUCAAAAAUAUCUUUCUCGUCCAUUUUUAAUUAAUGACAGUAAAUUUGAUCUACGCAUCUAUGUCUAUAUAUCAUCAAUUAAUCCGCUUAGAUUAUAUAUUCAUGAAGAUGGAUUAGUCAGAUUUGCUUCACAGAAAUAUACAAAUUCAUUACGAUCUCUGGGGAAUCGAUUUAUUCACUUGACGAAUUAUUCUAUUAAUCGUUUAAAUUCAGAAUACAUCAGUAAUUCAAAUGAAUUCGCUGCUAAAGGUCAUAAAUGGAGUUUACGAGCCUUAUGGACAUAUUUAAAAUCACAAGGUAUAUCGCCUGCGCCUAUUUGGUCAAGUAUUAAAGAUGUUGUCGUGAAAACUGUAAUUAGUACAGAAGCUGCAUUCAAUACAGCAUUAAAUGUCUACUGUAAUCAUUCAUUAUCUGUAAAUGAAAUUUUUGGUUUUGAUAUAUUCUUAGAUGAAGAUUUACGACCUUGGCUACUUGAAGUAAAUGUUUCACCAAGCAUGCAUUCCGAUUCACCAUUGGAUGCCAAAAUUAAAGGUGGUGUUAUCAAGGAUAUGCUUAAUAUAUCUGGUCUUCAUCUUCCAGAGGCAGUUGAAGCAUACUGUCGUACUAUUAUCCCAUCCUGUUCAUCUAAAUGUACAAGUAAUACACCUGAUCCAAUAGUAUAUCCAAGUAUAGAUACUUCAGAUAUUGAAAAUAAUUUCUGCACAAUAAACACAAGCAAUCCACUGAAUAUGGAAAUCAGUGAUAAACAAUUCAGUGAUGGGGUUAUUAUUCGUUGUCAUAUUAAAAGUGCUAAUGAUGUGGAUAGGAUAAAACAUACUAAAUCGCAUAUUCAGCGUCCUAACCCACCUAGUCAUAGAUGGCUACUUGAUGAACGUUUAUUUAUUCAAUUAACUAGCUCUGAUGAAAGAGAAAAAAGAAAAUACUAUAAAGCACGUGCGGUGCAAUAUGGCUUACCUGUGGUCAAUCAAGUUCAUGCUAAACGGAAUUCCUCUACACCACUUCAGUGUAAUCAAAAAUAUUCGAACAAGUCAUCUUCAAGUAAAUCAUCGUCAUCUCAUGAUUCGUAUACAACUAGCUCCCUAGAAUCAUCCUCUUCUUCAAGUGACACAGGUGAUGAAACAGAAACGGUAUGUUCACCUUCACCACCAAUUUGUGAAACAAGUAAUAACAGAGGCUCUUCUUCAUUUUUAUCAUCUUCGUCAUCAUCCCCAUCACCAUCAUUUUCAGCUCCAUCAGGAAAAUCAGCUCGAUCUAUGGGGAUAGGACCUUCUUCACCUGAUUUCAAGUUAAAUCGUCCUACUGAAGUAAAAGAGUUUGUAAAUAAAAUUUACUCUUCUCGAAAGGAAAGUGUAAAUCCGAAAAGUUCAGUAACUAGGAUUUCACCGAACAAUUCAAAAGGUUUACGUUGUAAAUCAUCGACCUGCUACAAAAAUUCAGAUAAUCCACAUCCUACCACCUCAUCCAGUCCACCAGCACAUAUUCUGCUUGCGAGUGCAACUAGUGAGAUAUUAGACUGUUUAACACCAUCAGAUGUACGUAUAUUAAUUUCAAUGGUUGAUGAACUCGAAAGAGCUGGUGGCUUUCAUUGCGUGUUUCCACCAAAAUCUCCUGAAUUAGCAGUAAAGUAUUUGUCGUUUUUUGAAUCUCCUAGAUAUGCAAAUUUAUUGUGUAUAGCAUAUUUACAAAAAUAUGGUCAAAACAGAGAAAAAGGCAUUCAAAUGUUGCACAAACUAUGUGAAAAAAAAAUUCAUAUCAAAUCUUCUGUAUAUGGUGACAACAUUUCACCUGAACAUUGUUGGCUAACAUAUCAAAAGCGAAAAUCUACUUGUUUAAAAGAGUUGAUAGAAAAACGAACACAGUAUACACUGUCUAGUGGAAAUUUAUCUCAAAGUAAAAGUAUAAAGAACUGUUAAUUUUAGAUUAUGUACAAAUAUAUACAUUUAUCUUUGUUCUGUCCUCAUAAUAGAUAUGCACACAAAAAAUGUACUAUGCGUUUAUGUGUAUUUUACUCCUGUCACAGUUAUGAUCUUAUGGAUUCUUGAAUAAAGAAGCAUGAUAUAUAUAUAUAUAUAUAUAUAUAUAUAUAGUUGUUAUAAUGUCUAGAACAGACAUAUGCAUCUAUAUAUACUACUUAUUACAUAAUAUUGAUAAUGCU